AUGGACAAAGACAAUCAUGAUAUUGAAGCCGUGGCGGACUCCAAGUCUGCACAUGUAAAGGCUGCUUCGGAAACGUCAACUCCGGGGAUGAUGGAAGAAGGCGAAAUCGUCACUCUCACAAAUGAAGACAACAUUCGCAUUCGGAAAAAGACCGAUAAAACGAUUCUAGCAAUCCUUACUUGGGUAUACUUCUUGCAGGUCUUGGACAAGGGUGUUCUGGGAACUGCUUCCAUUUUCAAUCUCCAGGAGGACACGGGUCUCGUUGGAAGUCAAUAUUCUCUGGUUUCUUCCAUUGCCCCUAUUGCACAGGUGGCAUGGCAGCCAUUCUCGGCAUGGCUCAUUGUCAAGGUCCCUCCCCGUAUUCUGAUGCCUUCCAUGGUUCUCUGCUGGGGAGUUGCAGCAGCCAGUACCGCUGCGUGCAACAGCUUUGCGGGCUUGGUCACCGUCCGUUUCUUCCUCGGUCUCUUUGAAGCCGGAUGCUUGCCUCUCUUCACCAUCCUCACUGGCCAAUGGUAUCGUCGGGUCGAACAGCCACUCCGUGUUUCCAUUUGGAACUCCAUGAACGGUACAGCCACUAUGGUGGCUUCUGCUUUGUCCUAUGGACUCGGCCAUAUCCCCUCAGAUGUGCUGAAGCCAUGGCAAAUUAUCUUCCUUGUUGUUGGAUUGGUUACUAUUAUCAGCGCACCCUUUGUUUACUGGAAACUCGACAACGACAUCACCACCGCCCGCUUCCUCACUGAACACGAACGACGACAGGGCGUGGAACGUCUCCGCGCAAAUCAGACCGGCUCUGCGUCUUACGACUUUGACUGGUCCCAGGUUAUCGAAGUUGUUCUGGACCUCAAGAGUUGGCUUUGGAUUAUCAUGGCCCUAUUGCCAAACAUGGGAUCGGCGAUGACGAGCACUUUCGGUCCUCUUAUUGUCAAAGGUUUCGGAUUUGACGCAUACGAAACUUCCCUGCUCAACAUCCCCUUCGGUGCUAUGCAGACGAUCGUCAUUGUCGGCGGUUGCUGGGCCUCGUACAAGUUGAAGCUGAAGUCCGCCAUUCUGAUCGGUUUCAUGAUCCCUGUUGUGACGGGUAUCGCAAUCCUUUACGCCCUCCCCCACGAAGAAUCAAAGCAGGGUCCUCUUCUCCUGGCCUACUAUCUUUGUGCCUUCUUGUUUGCCGCCAAUCCCCUGCUUCUCUCAUGGGUCGUCGCAAACACUGCUGGUGCCGCCAAGACGUCCGUCACAAUGGCUCUUUACCAGGCUGGUACCUCCGCUGGUGCCCUCUCCGGCCCGCUUCUGUUCACCGCAGAGCAAGCUCCAACAUAUCUUCCCGGUAUCCGGGCUGUUCUCGGACUCUUCAUUGCUUUGGUUGGCUGUGUGGUCCUCCAGGUUCUCAAUCUAGCCUGGUUGAACAGAAUGAACAAGAAGAAGAGAGUCAGCAAUGGAAAGAUGGCGGAUGUCCAAGAUAAAUCCAUGACUCAUGGGUUUGAGACUGACGGAAAGGUUCAGGGCCCACCUCCAACGGAAGCAGCACCAUUCGUGGACUUGACUGACCGAAAGAAUGAUGACUUUGUGUAUGUUUAUUAA